ACAAAAUCAUCUUUCUAGAACCAUGGCCACGCAAGUUACAGACGGUGUUGUAAAGGAGAUACUGCGUCAGGGAACUGGAAAUGCUCCGCAAAAAGGGCAGACAAUUACUGUCCACUGUACUGGAUCACUGACAACACCACCCAAGAAGUUUUGGAGUACAAAAGAUCCAGGACAACAGCCUUUCAGCUUCCAGGUUGGACUCGGGAAAGUCAUUGCAGGCUGGGACCAAGGCUGUUUGACAAUGAAACAGGGUGAGAUUGCCAAAUUGACAAUAAGAGGAGACAAGGGAUAUGGGACACAGGGCUUCCCAGCCUGGGGAAUUACACCCAAUGCCGAACUCUGCUUUGAAAUUGAGGUUUUGAACAUCCAAUAGAUGGAAGUGCUGGUCUCCACAGUAUGAUGUCACAAUAGACUAUGUUUAUGAGGAAUAAGAGGGAUACAUAUUUAAUAUUAAUGAAUAUUAUAUUGACUUUUCAUAAAAGUCUUUUUUGAUAUAUACAUUUUUGUAUGUAGUGUACUGAUAUAGAGAGGAUGCGUUUUUAAUGGGGCGAUUUAUUGCCCCCUCCAGCUUUAUGAAACAAUAUCUGAAAUUGAAUGGGUUGAAAGAUGAAAGCCCAUGGCUUAAAAAAUCAACACAGAGUUUAUACGUCUUCAUUGCCAUACUGUGUAUUUGCCAUCUAAAUAUUUAUUAUAUAAUGACUUUUAUAAAGUCUCGUUUAAAAGCAUAUUUAAUCCUAGUAGGCUAUUUGUAUCUGUUUUGAUACACUUACUUAGGUGUUCUAAUUCUUUGUUUCCUGUCAUUUUGAGUACAUGAUAUGCCGGUUUUUAAAAAAUGUUCAUUUAUAGUUCACCAUUCUUUACUGCUUAUUGGUCGAUUGAUUGUAAAAGGUUGUUUUUCUGUGUGUGUUUUUCAACUUCUGUGUAAGAGACUUUACGUUGACCUGAUGGGAAACAAAGAAUUUAAAUCCAUUGGCCUAAGUCGAUCAUAUUUGCUUCGUAGCUUUGAAAUCUCAGUUUUAUUGAGACUUAAAAUAUGUCUGUGUAUUUAACCAUUAGGGACUAAUAUUUUC